AUGGCUUCGUUUCCUGUCUUGAAGCAAGAGACAUUGUUCCGGAAUGGUACCUGGAGCUAUCGAAUUCCAGCCCUGCUCUACCUGCCACGUUUCAGCAUCAUCCUGGCAUUUGUUGAGGAACGAGAGGAUGUGGUGGAUGAACAUGCCAAGCUAAUAGCAGUACGCAGAGGCAUGUAUGACCCAACGACACACCAUGUUCAGUGGAAUAGCAUGGAGACCAUUGUCAGUGCACAGCUGAAAGACCACCGAUCUAUGAACCCAUGUCCUGUUUAUGAUGAGGUCUCAGGGAAACUGAUCCUGUUCUUCAUAGCUGUCCCAGGAAAGAUCUCUGAGCAGCAUCAGCUCAGGACAAAGAUCAACCUGGUACGUCUCUGCUAUGUCACUAGCAUGGACCAAGGACGCACCUGGAGCACUGCCCAGGAUGUCACCGAUGGUACCAUUAGCACUGAGUACAAGAACUGGGCCACUUUUGCAGUGGGGCCGGGUCAUGGAUUACAACUGCUCAACGAGGCCCGGAGCCUCGUGAUUCCUGCAUAUGCCUAUCGUAUCUUGGACCCUAAGCAACACCCCACCCCUCAUGCCUUCUGCUUCAUCAGCUCUGACCAUGGGACAACAUGGGCAUUGGGGAACUUCGUGGGGGAGGAGAGCGCGGUGGAGUGCCAGGUAGCGGAGGUGCACACCUGUGGCAGGAAGGUCCUCUACUGCAAUGCAAGGAGCAGUAGGGGAGCCAGAAUCCAGGCUGUCAGCUACAAUCACGGGGUGGACUUUGAGGGAGGCCAGCGGGUUGAAAUGCUAGUAGAACCUCCCUCUGGAUGUCAUGGAAGUGUUACUGCCUUCCCACCUCCCCCUGAUGCUAGAUGCCAAGACAGUUGGUUGCUCUACGCUCAUCCUACAGACCCAAAGGGUCGAAGAGAUUUAGGAAUUUACCUCAACAAAAGCCCUUUAAAUCCAACACACUGGACAAAACCAAGCAUCCUUUUUAAGGGCCUGUGUGCUUAUUCGGAUUUGCAGUACAUGGGGGUUGGGCCAGAUGGGUCACCCUUGUUCUCCUGCCUCUUUGAAUAUGGGACCCACCAACAAUGUGAAGACAUAAUCUUUGUAAUGUUCACUUUGAAGCAAGCCUUUCCAUCAGAGUGCUGA